AUGGCCUUCCAGAGUAUGCUUAAUGGAACAGAAUGUUCUGGAUCUAAUCCUUUGACCGGAAUUCUAAAACAGUUUACGGAUGAUAAAUCAAUUCAAAAGGAUUCCUUCAUUCAAGAUGUAGAGAGGGCAGGAAGUAGUUCGCCAGACAUAAAUCUUCAAGAUCAGAAGCUUGUCGCAGAAUUCUUUGACCAACGAGACAAUUCUAUAAUACAUCACGUACCAGAGUUUGUAGAUCCAAGAGCACAAAACUGGGCGUUAGAAUACCAAAAUGCUCACGAUGCUCCACAGACAUGGAAGUUGGGACCGCUGGAAGAGGCAGAAAUGGAACAGGCUUUUAACAGAAUGAACAUCCACGCUAACUGGAAUUCAGAAUUCUUACAAAACCCUGAGUCAAAUGUAACACAAUUACAUGAGGUUCCACCGGAAUUUGAAGCUACAUUUCAAAAGUAUUUCGAUUGGGCAAAUGAAUAUGCAUUAAACCAAGAUAAAGGAAAAGGAAAAGAAAAAAUUGUUGAGCUUGAUUCCUCUUGGAAUGAACAAUUUGCUGCCGCACAACGGGAUGCUGAACAUACUGACAAUUCUACAGAUGAUAAAAACUUAUUCAAGGAAUUUGAGGACAUUUGGGCUCAAUUUCAAAACAAUUAUGAUGAUUUAGAAAAUUUUAAUCAAGAUAGCAGUAUGUAUUUUGGAAAAUAUGACUUUGAACAAGACAAUCCUUAUUUACUACACGAAGAUCCUUUCCAAGAGGGUUUAAGAUUAACAGAAAUGGGAGGAACACUAUCAGAAAUAGCUUUGGCCUUUGAAGCUGCUGUUCAAAAAGAUAAUAACAAUUCAGAUGCAUGGAUGUGGCUAGGUACUAUCCAAGCACAAAAUGAAAAAGAGGAAGCUGCAAUCAAAGCUUUGGAAAAAGCCGUUGAAGUAAAUAAAAACAAUUUAGCUGCAUUAAUGAGUCUUGCCGUCAGUUAUACCAAUGAAAGUUUGGAUCAACAAGCAUAUCUUACACUUGAAAGGUGGCUUACUGCAAAAUAUCCUGAUGUUGUAACAAGGUCGGCACCUAUGCCUAAUGUCGAUAAUCACUCUCGUGUCACUCAACUUUUUAUAUUAGCGGCACGUGAGGCACCAGAGGGUCAAGAUAUGGAUCCAGACGUUCAAGUUGGAUUAGGUGUACUAUUUUACGGCAAGGGAGAGUUUGACAAAGCCGUAGAUUGCUUUGUGUCGGCUUUAAAUAUUCGAAAAGAUGAUUAUCUUUUAUGGAACAGAUUAGGGGCUACUCUGGCGAAUUCUGGCAAAUCGGAGGAUGCAAUUGAAGCUUACCAUAAAGCAUUGGAAAUCAAACCAACAUUUGUUCGUGCACGUUAUAAUUUAGGUGUUAGUUGUCUUAAUAUUGGUUGUCAUCGUGAAGCAGCAGAACAUCUACUUGGCGCUUUAAGUAUGCACCAAACUGGAUUAAAUAGUGAAAAUGUUAAAAAUGUUAGUAAUAGUCUUAAGGACACAUUAAACAGGACAUUUAGAAUGAUGGAACGAGAAGAUUUAUGUGAAAAAUUAAGAACCAAUUCAGAUGUAAACCAAUUUCGGGAUGAAUUUGAAUUUUGA